CGAACUUCCACUCACCUCAAAAACACCAACUUCUUCUCCUGAUUUCCACCUUAGAGCUUGAUCCCAACCCGUCUCUGUAUAUCACACAAAAAGUUCAAAGCCAUGCAAGCGAGUGAGGUUGCAGAACAUUAUCUAGCUCCUUCGUAUUCAAAUCCAUAUAUGCCUAAUUUUGGUUUGACACCAAACAACAUUCCAACAUUUCAGUUUAGCAGAUCCACUAAUCCUUUAUUUCAUCUUCAAAUUACUCCUCAAGGUCAAGAAUUCAACUCACAGUCGACAUGCUUCAGCAGUAACUCAACUUCAGAUGAAGCAGAUGAACAACAACUAAGCCUCAUCAAUGAGAGGAAGCAGAGAAGAAUGAUAUCCAACAGAGAGUCUGCACGCCGAUCACGUAUGCGCAAACAGAAGCACCUUGACGAGCUCUGGUCACAGGUUCUUUGGCUCCGAAACGAGAAUCACCAACUCAUUGAUAAACUAAACCAUGCUUCAGAAUCCCACGACAAGAUCCUUCAAGAGAAUACUCAGCUCAAAGAAGAAACUUCAGGGCUUCGUCAGAUGCUCGCAGACAUGCAGCUCAAUAGUACCUACCCUACUUUGAGAGAUCUAGAUGAUAUUAAUUGUAACUCGGCUUACCUCAGAACCGAAUCAUCAAGCCAGUCGGACACAAGUUCCACUGGUCUGCUUCGUUGAGAUAAAGGCCGAGAUGAUUUUAUUUAUCUAUUUAUCUCUUUUCUAAGUCCAUCCAUAUUUUCCUUCAUUUUAAGCUGUACCAGAUCGAGAGAAGAAAACUGCAACAUCUUGUGUUCCUAUGAUUCUUAUAUUAGCUUAAUUAUGGAGCAAUUAUUCAGUAA